AUGGUUUCCCAAGUGUUUCAGAACUACCACAAGGACUGUGAGGAUGCUGUUAACAAGCAGAUCAACCCGGAGCUCUAUUCCUCCUAUGUUUACCUCUCCAUGUCCUCUUACUUUGACCAGGAUGAUGUUGCCCUGCGUCACUUUGCUGAGUUCUUCAAGGAGCAGUCACAUGAGGAAUGGGAACACGCUGAGAAACUGAUGAAAUUCCAGAAUAAACGUGGAGGCCGGAUCAUCCUGGAGGAUGUCAAGAAACCAGAGCAGGAUGAGUGGAGCAAUGGUCUGGAGGCAAUGCAGAGAGCUCUGCAGAUGGAGAAGAAUGUGAACCAGAGUCUGCUGGAUCUGCACAAGCUCUCCUCUGGGAACACUGACCCUCCAUGUAAGGUCCUUCAAAUGAAAUGCAGAACUUUUUUGACCUUGAUGUCCCAAGCAUCACUAAGUGUUGAAUUGGCUGGAGUCACUAUUUAA